CAUUGUGGUCUGCUUUCCUUUUCAGCAGUUUCUUCUUUUUCGUCUUCUUGUCAUUAUAGUUGCCAAUUCCCAUCAUUAUCGUUGGGCCUGCUGUCUUCGUCUUCUUUUCCAUUUAGUCAGUCUUCAUUUGGUUCUCUCUUUUUGAUUGCAACGUAGCUGGGCGUGAUUAAAGGUGAUUUAUUGAGGAAUCGCAUCGUAGGAAAAUGUAUACAUUGCAUUGAAAGUAUAAAGUUCAAAGAUAUUAGGAUUUUCUUACAUUGCCGAUUCCCUUUCGUGUCUCGUUAAAAUCGGUUGCAUUUUCAAGAAAGAAAUUGUAAAGUGAGAAUAAAUCAUUUGUGGUAACUUUUAUAGGCGUGCGUGAACAAAAUAUAAAUACGUAUUAAAGUCUAGUAACUAUUUAAAAUUAAAAUAAAAAUAAAUAUUGAAAAACGUGAAUCAACUCUAUAAACGAAUGAUACGCGGGUGUAUGUAGCCAGCAGCGACGACAACAACAACAGCAAAAAAGUAACAAGAAAUUGUGGCAGCCCUAAUCGGAAUAUAAUUUUCGAUCAACUACAAAUUCUGCCUAAUUAUAGAUGUGUGUUUUUUUCUUUAGUUUAUUCGUUGUGCAUAUGCCUUUGAGAAUAAAUUAUUAAUUAAUGUUCUCAAAUAUAAACCGGGGCAAGGAAAAAUUUAACCGAUUAUUUCAAUUGCUGAAAUAACCUCACAUCUUCAUCAAAAUGUCAAAAAUUAAACUUAAUGUUCUGCGAAUGUGAAUGCAUAAUUAAAAAUAAAAUAAGAGACCUGUAAAAAUAUAUGUGUUAUAGCGGAAUGCGAUUGUGAAUGUUAAUGUGUGAUAUAAUUCUUAUAAACAAAUUCUAAAGGAAGCAAAUCUAUAGAAAUGCAGUAGUAGUAAAAACAACAAAUAAUAGUAUAAUAAAAAAUGAACAUAUGGACAAACAUUUGCAUUUACGGAAUUCUUCUAGACAAGUGAAAGAACUAGAAAUACACUCGACAAAAAGUUGUUUUAAAGUUACUGGCAAAUACAUUUGUAAAUUAAAUAACUAAAAUAAUAUGGAUACAUAAAUAUGUAUAUGAGGAUUUUAUAUUCAACUACCUCCAACAAUACAAUAAAUCAUAGUAAACUAAUUAUGAUAUCACAAAGUCUAAAUAAAAGCUAAAGCUGAAGUCGAUCAAUAUAGCACAUGUCUAAAGCAUGCAUACAUUCACUGGUGACAGAAUUAUCUGAGACGGAUUUCUUUAACAAUGUUUUUGGUAUUUGUAGCUUAUUUUUGUGUAUGGACGAAUUUUAACAUAUAUUUUAUUCAAAAUUUUAUACCUUCUUUAUUUAACAUUAUUAUCAAUGUAAACAAAAUAAAAAAUCAAUACACUUCAUUCAGAGUAGCAAAAAGUAGGAACAGGAAACGAAGUACUGUAUUAUUCAAUAUGUACAGUAAAACAUUUUGUUGAAGCGGGUUGAAGUUUAGUUUUUCCUUCCUGUCGGGCUUUUUCACGUUCUGAAGAACACUAAAUACCCAGGUUUAAGAGCGGUCCAUAAUUUUACCCAUUUUCCACUCAUACUUUUCCUUUUCUUGUAUAGUAUCACAUAUCAUAAUAUUCCGUUCAGCAGACUUGCAAUACACGGGGCGGCCCAUUUUAACUUUUCUUCCUUUUAUUACAAAACCAAGAUUAUUAUUUAUUUAUUUAUCAUAACUGAAGAAAUAGUACUAACCUAAACGCUGUCAACUGAAACAAAAUAUCAUUAACGUAGUCAUUCUAGAAAUAAUUACCAGAAAACGUAACAAACACAAAGUACUGUAAAUAAACUCCGUUGCACAAUGGCUUGUGAUUACUUACCGAUCCAAACAGAUAGGGGUAGAUCCUCGAAAUAACAGCGCUUGGCCGGCUAAAAUCCAGGUCAAUUCCGGUAUCGUAGAACCGGUUGUUGUGGAAAUUAAAAUCGUUACAACAACAGUGAAUUGUGAUUUAAACCAAUGGUGAUAAAAACUGUUUUUACGCUUUGAAUUAAUUUGAUGUCCCUAUUAAUUCUGCCAGCAAUGCAUGUUUUAGUUUGAAAUGUAAAUUCUUAUUAGUAUUGCAGAUAAAUAGAAAGAGUGAACAAGUAUUCAGAUAUAACCAUACUUGUAUAAGUAUAACGGCUUGGGUUGUUGUUGUUGUAACGGUUAGCUAAUCCCCGCUUGUGUGGUAAGUUUCAGUUUGGUUGUCGUCGAGGUCAUCUAACGGGAGGCCCAGGAAACGAGCUGUUUCGACGGGGUCGGACCAUAGGGAAAAGGGUGUUAGAUGUGUGGGGUUCGUUGGGCAUGCAAAAGGUGGUUAGUGUGUGAAUGGCAGUCAGUGCAUGUCUAAAGCUCGUUGCGUCCGAAGUCUGGUCGGCGUACUUUCCAAUGUCGUCGACGUAAUCAAGGAAGGACCUCUUGAUGUUCCCAGGAGGCGGUUGGGCUUUAAGCAGACGACUGCAGGGGUGGUUUCUACGAAAAUAUCCCAGCAGAAACUGUUUGAAGAUCAUGGCCAUUGAAUUUCAACCCGGUCCCAUUUUGUCCGCUUAUGCUGGUUUACAAUUUGCCGAAUCUCCAAAUUGAGUUUCCUUAUUUAAAUUUUCUCGAAUGUUUUGGCCAUGAAUCGUAUGGCAGCAAAGUUUGUUCCGAAAUUGCUAAAUUUUGAACAAAAGCAAUGUCGCUUAGUAUGGCUCAGGAGUUGUUGAAUGACGUCAACAACGAUUCGGGUUUGCUCAAACCACCAGAUUUGAAUCCCUGCGACUUUUUUCUAUUCCCGAAACUGAAGAAACCAAUGAAAAGAGAUCAAGACAGAAUCGAAGAAAGAGCUGAUGGCCAUACCGAAAAACGUAUUUUAGAAGUGCUUCCAGGAUUAGAAAUUUCGUUGGCGCAAGUGUAUUCUAUCCAAGGGCAAAGUAAUCAGCCUAAUAUUUGUGCAUAUUUAAUAAACUGUAUUAACAAAAUGUGCAACAAACGGAUUGUUACAGUUUUGUAUUUUGCUUACAGCCCAUUCGAUUUCAAUUUAAGUUUUCAAUUCAGAUUUUUCCCGCAGCCGGCCAAACUAUGUAUGUUAUAAUCAUUGUUUGGUAUCCUAUUGCGGCAGUAAGGUAGUAUCCCUUAUUUAUCACACCCGCUAUUUUUGCUACGAGACCUUCUGACAAAGUCAUACUUUAUAGUUUACAUACAUAUAUUGCUGGUAGAAUUAAUAUGUACAUAUGUUUGUAGUUUAACGACGUCAGCUUAAAAUCCGAAAGAAUUAACAAGUACCAUAUGCGUUCGACUGAAGGAAAAGGGUCAAUUUUCCCUUCAUCUGGGCGUGGAGAUUUCUCACAUCGCUUUUUUAAAUAUUGCACAAGCUUUAAAGCCAUAAACUUUUAGCAAUGGAAACCAAAUUUUGGAACUGGCAUAAUUGACUUUUUGGUAUUAAUAUUGCAGGUGACAAAAUAUUUUACUUUUCGAGUAUAUAAAUUCAUGCAAACUUCGUACAGGAACCAUAUAUUCAACUAGAGUACACAUUGGAUAUAUGUGCAUAUGUAUGUAUGCAGUAAUUGUGAAAUGCUUCAUAACACGGAUAUCUAGAUCCUAUGGUAUAUUAUAUUAUACAUAUAUGUGUAUACAUCGAUAAAUGUAGCAAAUUCAUAUGUAGGUUCACAUAUUUUUGUGCUCUUUUGGGGUUUCUCUCAGCCUUAGAAGUAAAACAAAUACUUUACAUUUAUAGGUAUCUACAUAUGGCUUAUAAAAAUGCAUACUUAUGCAUGUUUGCAUUAAUGUACAAACAUAUAUAUAUGCAGAUACAAUGCUAGAAUGCUUACAAUAAUGUGAAGCUAAUAGAUAGGUUAAGGAAAUAGCAAACAAUAUGACAUGGAUACCCAUUCUGAAACAUACAUCUGUAUGUAUGUAUAAACCAAAUGAUGAACAUGGCAGCGUUCGAUGCGAUGUAGAAGUUUUUAACGCUAACAACAGCUCUGUAAUAUUCGCCGUUGUCGUUGCCGUCGUCAUCAUCAUAUCCAUCAACUGCACAAUCAAUAAACCCGUCUUUGUCCACGAAAUCGUCACGACGAUACUAGUGAAAAGAGAAUUCGCUUUUAGCAGCAUUAGCUGGUCUAGCUGGGACGUUAUAUUAUGGAUAAUACUGCAAAAACGGUAGCAGCACCGACGACGCCGUCAGCAGCAGGUGGUAUUAUGGCAGCAACGACGUCAACAUCGGAUAUAAAACAGACAGACGGCAUUGUUAACAAUAAUAAUAAUAAUAAUAAUACAACAACAACAACUUCAGUGACAACUAACGGAAUCAAAGAGAAUAAUAGUAAUAAUAUAUUAACAACUGUAGUGGCAAAAUCUUCCUCAUCAUCAGCGUCACUAACAACAGUGGAGUUACCAAUCGCCGUAACAGGGUGCAGUAGCAAUGCUAGCACACCUGUAUCGACAUCAUCGCCUACAACCAAUUCCACAAUGUUAACGGCGGCAUCAGCAGCGGCGAUCCAAAAUAUUGGCGAG